UGACUCAGCAUUUACCAUCUGGUCACACAAGUGAUGAGUUGUGAACUUUAAUUGACCUCUGUUCUUUACUCUAAAGGAAGUAGAUACCAGGUAUGAGCUUAAAACCUGAGCCUACAGUUGAGCGUUAUCAUCCCCAUCAAUGCGUGUAUGGAGACAAGGGCUUUAACUUUACUCGUAUACUCUUAUAUAAAACAACAUUAUCAGAAUUAAUUUAAAAACGUUUACUAAUACAGUAACAUUCUUUUAAGUCUCAUCAUUCAUUCUCAUCAUAUCCAAAUGGCGUAGGGCUGUCUAUGCUGUAGCCCAUUUAUACUAAGUUUAGCUACACAGGCCGCACCCUUUAACUAUAUUUCUAUCACGUUAGCAGAGCUAUCUAGGAAAACAAUUUUAUGCUAUUAGGACAUUUUUCAAUUUUCUAGUGAGGUUUUUCUCCUAACGCAAUUCAGGUGAACACUCAUGCCCCACUGAGCCAAUCACACCCAGUUCACCCACCAGUAGAAGGGGGGAAGGUCUCGUCUGCUCCAGCACCACCAAGUGUCAGAGUGCGCUCGUCUCCUCAGUCAGGAGACUUUCCUCUUGAAGAAACAGAGACGCACGCACACAAACGCGCGCACGCACACGCAUCUCUGCGCGUCCUCGCUCUCAGUGGACGACCGCUCAUUUCAGUUCAGCCUCGCGUCGCUGCUUCUCCACAAUCGCGCUCGCCAGAGUGACCGUCUUUGGUUUCAUGCCUGCACCAUUUCCCAUCACCUGCAGUCUCGUCCCCUUCGCGUCGCGCCGCGGCGGCCGGAGUCCGUGCGCGUGCGGUGAUCUCCUCCGGGAGGAGGACAGCGUUCACUGCGGACGAGGCUGCGGGAUGCGGUGGUCGCCACGGAGAGACAGGAUACAUGGAGACGACACAAGGAUGCGCCCGUGACAAAGUUGCGCAAGGGAAACCCUCAGGAGGUCCCAGUAAAAGAUGGCAUUCUGGAGGAGAAACACUCACGUUGAGAAAGAGCGCCGUGUAAAAGCCAACGCCCGGGACCACAAUGACAGAUUUGCCUACGCCGAUAAUCACAUCAAAACCUCCAAGUACAACAUCUUGACCUUCCUGCCCAUCAACCUGUUCGAGCAGUUCCAGAGGGUGGCCAACGCGUACUUCUUGGUGCUGUUAAUACUGCAGUUAAUUCCAGAAAUCUCCUCCCUGUCCUGGUUCACAACCAUCGUGCCUUUGGUGUUGGUGCUGGUGAUCACGGCCGUCAAAGAUGCAACAGACGACUACUUCCGCCAUAAGAGCGACCAGCAAGUCAACAACCGCCAGUCUCAGGUUCUCAUCAGAGGAAGUUUGCAGAAUGAGAAAUGGAUGAACAUCCGCGUGGGAGACAUCAUCAAACUGGAGAACAAUCAGUUUGUGGCUGCAGACAUCCUCCUGCUCAGUAGUAGUGAGCCCUAUGGACUGUGCUAUAUCGAGACUGCAGAGCUGGACGGAGAGACUAAUUUGAAAGUACGUCAGGCCUCGACCGUCACCUCAGACUUGGGGGAUCUUUCAAAGCUGAUGGACUUCGAUGGUGAAGUGAUGCUUGUUACUUUAAGGAAUGCUUCCCGCGGCUUCCUAUCCUUCUCCGUGUUUAUGUUAGUGAAGGUCUGUGGUUUGGCGUCUGCUGUGAACCUGCAUCUCUUCAUGCCCUGUCCCUCAGGAGAAGUCAUUUGUGAACCACCAAACAACAAGCUGGACAAAUUUACUGGAACUUUAUACUGGAGAGACAACAAAUACCCUCUGGAUAAUGAAAAAGUGCUGCUGCGAGGCUGCGUCCUCAGAAACACUGAGUGGUGCUUUGGGAUGGUCAUAUUUGCUGGGCUACAAACCAAACUAAUGCAGAACUGUGGAAGAACAAAAUUCAAGAGGACAAGUAUCGACAAACUCAUGAACACUCUGGUUUUGUGGAUCUUUGCCUUGCUUGUAUGUAUGGGGGUGAUUCUGGCCAUUGGAAACACCGUCUGGGAAAAUCUGAUCGGCCAAAGCUUCCAGGACUUUUUGCCGUGGAACGUGUAUCAGAGGAACGCUGUCUUCUCUGGUUUCCUUACCUUCUGGUCCUACGUCAUUAUCCUCAACACAGUGGUGCCCAUCUCACUGUAUGUCAGUAUGGAGGUUCUGCGGCUCGGCCACAGUUACUUCAUUAACUGGGACGGGAAGAUGUACCACAGACGGACAGACACUGCGGCUGAAGCUCGGACCACCACGCUGAGCGAAGAGCUGGGCCAGGUGGAGUUCGUCUUCUCGGACAAGACCGGCACCCUCACCCAGAACAUCAUGGUGUUCAGCAAGUGCUCCAUCAACGGACAGACGUAUGGUGACGUCUAUGAUGAAUUUGACCAGAAGGUGGAGAUUACAGAGAAAACGCCCUGUGUGGACUUCUCCUUCAACCCUCUAUGCGACAGAAAGUUUAAGUUCUAUGACGUCAGCCUGAUGGAGGCCAUCAAACUGGAGGACCCUGUAGUGCAGGAGUUCUUCAGGCUGCUGGCGCUGUGCCACACCGUCAUGCCCGAGGAGAAGAGUGAAGGACAUCUGGUGUAUCAGGCCCAGUCGCCGGACGAGGGUGCCCUGGUCACCGCCGCGCGAAACUUCGGCUUUGUCUUCCGGUCCCGAACCCCCGAGACCAUCACACUGUGUGAGAUGGGGCGCUCCGUCACCUACAGGCUGCUGGCCAUCCUGGACUUCAACAACGUGCGCAAGAGAAUGAGUGUCAUUGUGAGGGAUCCACAGGGACACAUUAAACUUUACUCCAAAGGAGCGGACACUAUUAUCUUUGACCGACUGGAUCCGUCCGACGAGGACCUCAUGUACACUACCUCAGAACAUCUCAGUGAAUUUGCGGGAGAAGGGCUUCGAACGCUAGCUCUGGCUUACAAGGAUCUUGAUGAAGACUAUUUUGAGGUCUGGAUGAAGAAGCUUCUGUUCGCCAGCACUGUCAUUGAGAAUCGUGAAGAUCAGCUGGCUGUUCUCUAUGAGGAGAUAGAGCAGGGCCUGAAGCUCCUAGGGGCCACGGCAAUAGAGGACAAACUUCAGGAAGGAGUCCCCGAGACCAUCGCCCGCCUAAACCUAGCCGAUAUCAAGAUCUGGGUCCUCACAGGAGACAAACUCGAGACGGCGAUGAACAUCGGCUACUCCUGCAACCUGCUGCGGGACGACAUGAACGAGGUGUUCGUGAUCUCUGGCUACACCGUGCUGGAGGUGCAGCAGCAGCUCAGGAACGCUAAGGAACGCAUCCUGGGCCUGAGUCGUGUGACCAGCGCUGCAGGAGACGUGGGGAAGACAGACGUGCUUGCAGACGACUCUGUGUUUGAAGAAACCCUCAUCGCGGAAUACGCCCUAGUCAUCAAUGGGCACAGUUUGGCCCACGCUCUGGAGCCGCAGCUGGAGCGCACCUUGCUGGAUCUGGCCUGCCUGUGUAAGACGGUGAUCUGCUGCCGGGUCACCCCCAUGCAGAAGGCUCAGGUGGUGGAGCUGGUGAAGAGCCACAAGAGGGCCAUUACUCUGGCCAUAGGGGAUGGAGCCAACGACGUCAGCAUGAUCAGGACUGCACACAUUGGCGUCGGCAUCAGCGGACAGGAGGGGAUGCAGGCUGUUCUGGCCUCAGAUUAUUCCUUCGCCCAGUUUCGCUUCCUGCAGCGCCUGUUGCUGGUGCACGGACGCUGGUCCUACUUCCGCAUGUGCAAUUUCCUGUGUUACUUCAUCUACAAGAACUUCGCCUUCACGCUGGUGCACUUCUGGUACGGCUUCUUCUGCGGCUUCUCAGCUCAGACUGUGUAUGACCAGUGGUUCAUCACCCUCUUCAAUAUAGUCUAUACAUCUCUGCCAGUGUUGGCAAUGGGACUAUUUGAUCAGGAUGUCGACGACCAGUACAGCCUUCGCUACCCGAGCCUUUACAAACCCGGCCAGCAAAACCUCCUCUUCAACAAGCGCCAGUUCUUCCUGUACACGCUCCAAGGGAUGGGCACAUCCUUCCUGCUCUUCUUUAUUCCCUACGGAGCCUUUUCCCUCUUAGUGAAAGAGGACGGCUCGCACUUCUCCGACCAACAAACAUUUGCCGUUACCAUAGCAACGUCCUUGGUCAUUGUCGUGAGUGUUCAGAUUGGACUUGACACCCACUACUGGACCGCUGUCAAUCAUCUCUUCGUCUGGGGGAGUCUGGCCGCGUACUUUGCCAUACUCUUUGCAAUGCAAAGCGAUGGCCUGUUUUACAUCUUCCCGAGACAUUUCCCGUUCGUAGGCACAGCCCGCAAUUGUCUGUCGGAGAAGAGCGUGUGGCUGAUCAUCCUGCUGACCGCCGUGGUGUGCGUUGUGCCUGGCGUAGCGGUCAGUUUCCUGAGAAUCGACCUCUUCCCAACGCUCACGGACAAGGUUCGUCAUCUACAGCAGUCUAGAAAGAAGCAAGGGCCUCAGGCCCAGAACCUGAGGCGGGUGCGGAGGACGAGCUCCCGCCGCUCCGCCUACGCCUUCUCCCACCAGCAGGGCUACGGGGAGCUGAUCACGUCAGGCAAGAACAUGAGGACGAGCACAGUCUCUCCUGCUCACUCCCCUGACGGAACGCCACACGGCUCCAGCUGGAUGGACAACAUGCUGAAGAGGAGGAACGAGGUGUCGUGCGUCUCUGAGGAAAAGAGCAUCCGAGCGCCGGAAAGCGCUAACAGACACACACAGCCUCCACAGCUUGAUGUGGAGUCUGUGUGACGGAUGGGAGGGAUCCCACAGACCAAGCACAAGAUGCGAGUAGAUUCGUACUCUAAUCUAACAACACAGGCGUACCUCAUUUUUAUGUGCGAUUCAAGUUGAUCCAUGAUUAUUUAGAGGAACCAUUUGUAAAAUGACUGAAAAUGAAAAAACCUUCAAGUUUACAUAAAAGAUCUAGUUUUAAUUUGCAAAUAUCUGUCAGCAUAACUCAAAAACAUUAUGCAUGUCUAGCUGCGGCUCAAGAACUAUUGGUCCUCCUGCUGCAGGUGGAAUCAUUUACUAUUACAAUGGCUGCCUUCUUUUUGUAAUAAAGACACAAUUUGAGCACACCGACAUAUACAAUAAGCCUUAGCUGGUACAAAGCACUGUGGUAAUUGCACACGAAUGACUAGAUCAAAGGCAAGGCAGCAGCUGACAUAAGCACAAAAGCACCAUUAAUAAGAUAAAUUGAAAUUCAUAAGUUAAACCUAUGCACUCAUGUUUCCUCUGAAACUACAUCCAAAGUGCUAAUAACAAGUGUUUCUGUAAAUACUGAAGUGAAGCUGCUGAAUAUGACAAGCACAAUUUAAUGUUUUACUUAAAAUCUCCAUUUACAAUUUUAGAUGUUUUCAUUUGAAUUAUUUCCAGUGUAUAUAUCAUUAAACAGAACUCAUGUUCCUAUGGUAUAUGGCGUUUUUAACACUUGGCACUUGUAGAUGUGAGGCUGAGAUCCUCAUUCCUUGUGCUGAGCCUUGUAGGGUCCUGAUUCGUCUCAUCUCGAAGCUGAGUCACAGCAACUGGACUUUUACUCAUGAAAAGGUUUUGCUACUUAUCUCAACAGCUUCAACAUGAAAAUUCCACCUACUGUAAUAAUAAAAACAUCCAGUUUGUUUGACUCAGCUCCUCGAUAACCUCACACCGAUAUCUGAGAAUCUCUAUCAUGCUUAUUUGAUAUUUAUGGUUUACUUGAGCUGAAACAAUAGCAAUGUGGAUAAGGAGGAAUACAAGAAAAUUUGUUUUAGAUAUUUUGUUUAGUACUGACAGAUAAAACGGGUUGGAUGAGAUAAAGUGACGGGAAAAGAAAUAUGAGGUACUAUGUGAUAUAGAUGUGUGCCUUACACUAUGAGCGCCUCUGUUCUAAUGUAAAAACUAAUGCUGUGAUCACAUGAUCACAACCGUCUGUAAACAUAAAACCAACCUGCACAAGACAACAGAAGCAAGAAUGACUGUAACGUUACGUUAUAUGUUAUAUAAUAAAGGAUGCUAUCUUUUAUAUA